CAUCAAGGAUUUACUUUGACUUACCGGUGGAGCUUUUGGGAGUCCCUUUGCAAGUAACUACAUCGACUCCAAGACUUAUAAAUCCAUAAAAAAAGCGUAUGGACAAACAUAUUCAGAGCAACAAUUGAACAUUUUUUCAUGCCUCAAUAUGUGACUGAUCUAUGGAGACUGCAUAAUUUCAUUGAUGGUGAUGACACAAUAUUGACAGUUUAAUUUAUAUAAGAUGAGGCAUUUACGAUAUAUGUCCGUGUUGCGUGUAAUACAAAGACGAUGGGGCCCCAAGUUGGCAUCAUACAGAUGGAAUUCACGCACUUCCAUACCAGAAGAGAGACUUGUCCAGCACCCUAGUGUUUCUAGACUAGAGAUAGGACAGGCAGCUAGCAUGCUCGACAUUGGCAUUAGAAAUAUAUUCAAUGAACAACAUGAUGAAUUUCGAAAGAAGGCACGGUUGUUCUUUGAGGAAAACGUGGUACCUGACCAUGAAAUGUGGGAAAAGCAACAUCAUUGUCCAAAAGAGUUGUUCACUUGGGCAGGUAGUGCUGGACUUCUAGGAGUAGACACUCCAGUAGAACAUGGUGGAGCUGGCAGGGACUUCUUAUCUUCUAUGAUCAUGCUGGAAGAACAGUUCUACUCGAACUGUUCAGGUCCUGGUUUUCAGAUGCACUCAGAUAUAGUAAUGCAGUAUAUCUAUAAGCAUGGCAGCAAUGAACAAAUGGAAAGGUAUCUGCCAGGUAUGGGCGCCGGUAGGAUCAUAGGAGGUUUAGCCAUGACUGAACCAAAUGCAGGAAGUGAUGUACAAAGAAUACAAACCCGUGCAAAGCAAGAUGGAACAGAUUGGAUAUUGAACGGUGCCAAAGUGUUCAUUACAAAUGGUCAUCUAUUAGACUUGGUUAUUGUUGCUGCAGUCACAGAACCAACAGCAAAGAAGGCAGCUCAUGGUACAACUCUCUUCCUUGUGGACUACGGAAAAGAAGGCUUCAAUAAGGGACGCGUUUUACAUAAAAUUGGUAUGAAGGCACAGGACACAUCGGAGCUAUUCUUUGAUGACGUCAGAUUGCCAGCGUCUUCCGCACUGGGUGAAAUUAACAAAGGGUUCUACUAUCUCAUGGAUAACCUGCCACGCGAGAGGGUGCUUGUCUCUGUCAUGGGACAAUGCUCAAUGGAGGGCAUGUUUGAGUUGGCCCGCACAUAUUUAAAAAAGCACGAUCCAAAUAGGUUGAAAUCACAGGUUGUCCAGCAUAAGCUAGCGGAGGUUAAGACAGCAAUAUGCAUUGGUAGAAGUUUCCUAGACAUGUCUAUGGACCUAUGUAACAGAGGAAAACUAGACAGUCAAACAGCAUCUAUGGGGAAAUGGUGGCACAGCGAUACCCAGCAAUGGGUCUUAAAAGAACUAUGGGAAUUAUGUGGUGAUGUGGUUGAGAAUUCUCCUCUAAGUAAAGCUGUGUUAGAUGGUAGAGCUCAGCCAAUAUAUGGUGGUACAAACGAGAUAAUGAAAGAAUUGAUAGCCAGGACAAUUGUAAGGGAUAAAUAACAAUGUAAAUCUUAAGGUUUUAAGGCCGAUAUAAGAUGGCAGAAGUGUAGCUAAUUAUAUUUGUACUGCCAUUAUGAAUAUUUUUUCUAUUGCCCAUACAUGUAUAUUGGUGUGGCUGUGAUGUACAAUCACUGCGACAAUCGGUUUCUGGUUUUGCCUGACAUAUAGACUGAUAUCUGUCCGUGACUUCAGCCAAGGACCCCCGUCCCAGUGUAUAUACAGCCGGAACCCCCGGGGCUGGUACCGAGCUGCUGUUAGCGAUAUAAAUAAGAGUUUCUGAUUAUUGGGGGUAAAAUUUUUAUAUGUCUCUGUGCAGGUCUAGUAUAC